UCGCGACAACAUGAAGGCUUACAUAUAGACUCUACGCGUGAGACGUUGUUUAGUGAUCUCCUCUUGGUCACAAGUGAGAGAUGAGGACAUACGGACUGGAGUCCGAACACCCCGUGUGAAACAAGCAACAGACUUGAGACUCUGUCGAGCCUGGAACCGAUGAUGACACUGAAACGUGGAUCUUCUUUGUUCGCGUUGAAGACGAAAGUCCUUCGACUUGCCUGCUCGCAAGCCUUUGUUCCCUGUUUUCUGCGAGUUACGAAAGGCUCUUUCCAGGACCAACGCAGGAAAACUGAAAGAGCUUCGUUGUUUUCUGCCGUUUUCCCUCUCCCGGAAAUGCACCCGUCUCCCUGCCGCACGCACUCGCGAAUCGAGGGAGAAUUCUGACGCAACAAACGUUUGCCAAGGAUCUCCGAGGAAAACGGAUCGCCUCGCUGAGCCUCAUUCCUUGAUUUUACCCAUUUUCUUUGUGAUAUGUUUCCUCCUCCUCUCCAUUUCUGCUUGCGUUUCCGCGGCUUGCCCUUCGAGUCUGAGGAAGAGGAUUUCCGGAAGAACUGCUGCGUGGAGUCUGCUAUCGAUCGCGACACUAACACAAAAGCAGACGGCGAAUUCGCUUCCGUUCCUCAUGCGUUAUCGUCACUUCUGGAAUGACGAACUAGCAGUGCAGAUGAUCUUGCAGGCUGGCCGCCGUUCCAGGAACCCAAAGAGCUCCUGCGCCUCUUCGUCACACUCCUGCAAGCAUGAGACCUCCCAGUGACAGAAAGAUUGGAGCUUCGCAUCUGGAGACGUCUCGGUUUCUCUGUGACUCGGAAUGAUUGUCUCAAGUGGACGAACAUCCGCUUGCAGUGUCUCUCCCCGUUGGUUAGCGAGACCGCUGAGCAACGGACGCAGGACGAGAGCGAAGGGAGUGAAAGAGACCUUCUAAAUGCGGGUGCUGAAGUCCCUCCUUCAGAAAGCGAGAAAAAUACUUUCAACUCUCGCGCUGAAAAAACUCUUGUUGAGCAGGGGGAAGCCGAACGCCGGGCGUUGUAAAGCCGAACGCUGCGGAGGACGCGAAAUUGGCAUGCACUGGCGACCCCCCAAAAGUCGCGUUCCAGGCAAGCGAGUGUUUCCUUGUCUUGUCCUCUUGCGUCUGGCUGGUCGUCUUUCUUCUCUAACUUUCGGGGAUUCAGCUUCACUCUUUCUUCAAGGAUUUGCUUCGCGGAGAAUUGCACAGAGAAAAUUCGCCUCCCCUCACGAAUCCCGGCUCCGUCAUUGUUUGCGUUUCUCGCAGUUUCCUCGUUCUUCUCGCAAAUUUCGCCCCUCCCGUCCGGUCGUUCUUCCCAAUUUUCGACUCGCUCACUUUCUUGUUUUCCUUUUCCUUCUCCUCGUGUCUCUUUCCUCGUUGUCCUUUUCUCGCGUUCGUUUCUUCUCUUCGUCUUGCCGUUCGUCCGCUCUUUCCUGCGAUGCAGCACCAUUGCUCUGCGCCUCUUCCAGCUGGUCACUCGCUCGUCCUCAUUGCACCCAAGCUCUCAGAAACACAAUUUUCUCUUAUGCACUCCGUCCUCGACGUCGUCUUCUCUCCCUCUGAUGGACAGCUUCUCUCGAUCCUCGUGACUGGCCGCUUCAUUGCAUGCCGCAGCAUUUGUCUUCCAACGUCUAGCUGGAAGGACAGGCGACAAAGAGAUAUAGGAACAGAAAACAAGAGGAAGAGGAGAAGAGACAAAGAAAACGACGUACAGAGAGAGAGGAGGAGAAAGAGCUAAAGAGAGGGAGACAAAGGUGGAGAGAUGUAGUUUACACAUAGAGAGAGCAGGAGAAGGAGAGAUCGAAGACAGGAGAACGUCCAGCUCGUGAAGACUGUGCUUUCAAAGAUGAUUUCCAGUCGAGGGAAGAGGGGGAAUUUGGAGGACGAGAUCCUCUUUCGAGAGGCAGCCGAGUUCGUCUCCUCUGGCGCCGCUUAUGGCUGGGACGAGGAAGGCCAAGAGUGGAGAAAGCUCUACGGCCUCUUUAAAGUCGCUGCAUGCGGCCCGUGCACAGCGAAGGAGCUCCCUCCGGACCUGGGAGGCCUCGACGGCUGGAAGUGGGAGACGUGGAUGCAGGCGUCUGCUCUCCAUCAGUCCGCCUCGACCGCGUCCGAGCAUUUUCUUUUUCUUCUCGCGGCUCUGCGGCCCGACUGGCAAGAAGAAAAGAAGAAGGUCGACUCGACGCGAGGACGUCGCAUGUCGCCUGCUUCUUCGUCCAACGCAUCUUCGGGAGUCGCCUCGCUUGCCGCGUCCGCGGUCUGUGCAGCCUGUGACGCCGGCGAAGGCUCGACAGACGCUGAGGGCAGAAGCGCUCGAGAGACCAUUCCGCAUUCAGGCGAAGGAGCUUCGACGGAGGACGCGAACUCCCUGGAAAUCGGUCCGAGAAACGAGAGAGAAACGACGCGCAGAGAGCAGAGGGCGGACGCAAAAGAGACGAGAGUGGACGACCAGGAGAGACUUCGCGCAGAGCCGUCGAGCGACCGGAGGCGUCGAACCGAAGACCAGCGCCGCUUCAGAAAUGCCUUCAACGCUUCUUCCUCGACGCUGCCAGGCACACGAGGGUCGUCUGCUCUGAACUCUUCUUCUCCGUCUCCUCUCAGCCUCACGCCCUCGCCGGCUCUCGGCUCUGGCUGUCCUGAGUCUCCUCUCGCGGCCGGCGACUCGUCUGUCGUGCGGCCGAGAGAAGCCUGCGCCGCUGCGCCGCGACGAGAGCAGCUGACAGGCAACGACGGCCGCGAAAAAUCUGCGAAAAAGCCGGAGGACGCCGGCGGUGGAGAUUCGCGCCUUGACGAAGCAGGAAGCAACAAAGAACUCGCAAAAGCCAGUUCUUCGUUCUUCACCCACCUUGGUUGCAGUCCACAGACACAUCCGGAAAGCAGGCCUUCAGUGAUUCCAAUUCCGAUGCCUCAACGCGAUUCCUCUCUUGUCUCUCCCUCCUCUUCUUCCUCUUCUUCCUCUUCUUCUUCUUUCUCUUCUUCUUCCUUCCCUCCUUAUCCCUCUUCUUCGUCUUCUUCCUCUGCGUCUUCUUGGCAAGGCGUCAGGAGUUCCGCGUCUUCUGAUGAGUCUUCGCCGCGAGUGGAGACGGUGAGAGUGUCUGUCCCUGCGUCGACGGUUCUCCGCGAGAACUCUGAGGAGAGCGACGCGUCGGCUUCGUCUCCGGAGGCGCUGGAGUUGGGGGAUGAAGGCGCAGUUCAGAGAGUCGAGACUUGCUCGCGGGUAUUGGGGUACCAGUUUUACAGAAGUCCUUCGGGUGUGUCGACGCCUACCAGGAAGGACGGCGAGAGGACUUCGGACAGGUCAGAGUCUCCGCUCUCACGGCCGAUCGCGGCUUCGCCUGACAGCGAGACAGGUCUGCCUGUGACCUUGAGACAAGCAGGAGACGCAGGGAGAACUGCGGCCGAAAUCUCCCGCUCGACGCAUGCCCCGAGAGGCGCAUCGAUGCAGCACUCUCGACGCUCCGCUUCGUUCGCUGCUCCCGUCGUCAGCGCAGAAACGGUGCACCGCGUCGCGUCUCGCGGAGACAAAGAGAGGACUGGAGAAAGAACAGAGAGAGGAGAGAGAAGAGGAGAGGGAAGAGGAGAGAGAAGAGGAGAGGGAAGAGGAGAGAGAAGAGGAGAGAGAAGAGGAGGCGGCGAGAGAGUGAGGAAGAAUGUGGAUCUGCGAGAGCGGUUCGGUGCACUGCCUGCUCUCCCCGCGUCGUUCCCACUGACUUCGCGUCUCGCGGCUCGGAAGAGCGGAUCGAUUUGGAAGCACAGCGUCGGAUCGCUCUACCAUCAGUGGACCCAGCGGUGGCUGGUCCUUGACGGUUUCCUUCUCAAAUGCUACAGCGACUGCAACAGCGUGAAGCCGAAGACCUCCGUCUCCCUCCAACACGCUAUAGUCGAAGGCCUCUUCGCCCCUGACGACAACGCAGACCUCAGCGGCCUGGACAUCUGGAGUUUCACGGUUCGCUGGCAAACGCAGAGUGCAGAGGCAUGGGGAAUGCGGUCCGACUCUGCCGUUCCUUCUGCGUCGAGCGCCGAACUGAAAGCCGCGCCCUCGUGGACUUCGCUGCCUUCUGCGACGUCGGUCGGCGAGAAGGAAAACGUUCCUCCCUUCGAUGAGAAAGAGUGGAACGUUCUCCACCUCGGCCUAACUGCUGAAGACGAAGCGUUGAGCUGGCUGGAUGCUCUGAGAGCAGCGAUUGCAGCCUGCCGUCUGCGUCCGCCAGCGCUGCAGCUCCCGACUCUGCGUCUGCCUCCACCCGAGAUUUUUCUUCCUCUCUCCCAGCUCAUCCAUAAUGCUCUCCCUCUCUCGUACCUUGCGCGUCCGGCAGGAUCGUCUAGCGCUUUCUCCUCGCGGCCGCGACAGGACCUUCCUCCGCCUUCGAGAGAUGUCGGCCUAACGCGUUCUUCUUCGCUCUGUGCAGAUGCGACGAGCUACGAGAAUUCUCGCUCUUUGUCAUCCACUUCUUCAGCGAAGGAGCGAGAAAGAGCAAGCGAGAAGCGUCUGACGCUUCGGAUGCCGCGCUGUCUUCGCCCGCUCGCGCCUCUCCUCCAUCAACAGGCGAAGAAGCUCUGCUUCUCUCGAAACUCGCACUGGACUCCUGUGUACCUGGCCGGAAAUCGAGAGGUCUUCGUCGAUUCAACCAAUUCGCUUCGCUGGCUAUCGUUUACCGUGAUCGACGCUCCUCUGGAGGUUGUGCUCCACCAUCUGGCGGAUCCUAAGCUUCUCUCCGCCGCUGCCGUCGCUCCCGCUCCAGGCAUCGUGCCUGGCGCCUCUCCUCGGAGUCACUGGCGUCUCCUCGACGUUUUUGGAUCUAGGACAAGAUCUUUUUCUUCUCUCGCUCCUCCUUCUCGCUCUUCUUCUCCUUCUCGCUCUUCUUCUCCUGCUUCGUUUCCUUCGUCUGCUUCGUUUCCUUCGUCUGCUUCGGUAGACUACUCCUCUGUCUCGAGGCCUGAGUUUCUGAGACGCGAGAGACCGGCUGGGGCGUCUGCUCACCGGCAGAGUCGCAGCGACCCAGAGGCAGACGCAGAAGCCGACGCUGAUCUCCUGCAGCUCACGUUUCCACUCCUGCCGCUCGGUCCUGUCGGCCGGCGACAGGCUGGCCUGUGUGCCGAGCCAGGCGCAGCGGCGCACAGCCUGAUGCUUCACUCGCUGUUUCAGCUGCUGCGUCCUGUAGCGGCGUUUCUUUUUCUCGUUUUUCUGCUUCUUCCUCGAACGCCUCUCUCUUUUAUUUCGCUUCUUCUUAUUCUCCUCGUCGCCGGUCUGCGGCUUCUCCCCUUCACACGCACCGCCCGCGUUCGCCUGCUGCGCUCUGGGUGGACAGAGUCAUCUCGCGAAUUCGGUGAGCUUUCUGCCGCAUUCAUCGUUGCACAAUCCUGCUCUUCGGUGCCGUCUGCUCACGAUACGCCAGCUCGGGAGCUUCCCUCCGAAGUCCGAGGAGGCGCGACGCAGGCCGCCGACGAGGCGUCGCGCGUUUCUCUCACCUCGAAGGCUUCUCGUACGCCUCGCGACGCAUUUUGUCGAGUUGCGUCUUCGCUGCUUUCCUUAUGGAUGGCCGCAAAGCGCGUCGGCUUCCCAGUGGCAGGGAGGGUGCGAAGGACUUUCUCUCGAAUUGCAAAGGAAAGCGGUCUUCGACGGCGAGUCCGCGAAAUGCUGCGGCGCGCCGCUCUCAGCCUCACUGCUCGCGAGGUGGACCUGGACGUCGACUUCCUCGGAUGGGAGAUCCGCCGCAAUGCCAGUGAUCCUUGGAGUCGCUCGACCGUCGCAUGCUUUGUCUCCUUUCGCCGUCUGCAAAGCGAUCCUCUCGCUGCUGCCUGUCUCCCUCCUCCCCGAAAGAGUCAACGACAACGGCUCUCUUCCUCCUUUUCUGCUUCUGCUUCGCCGCCAUCUGCUUCGCCUCGAUUCACUGGGGGUUCGUAUGCAGCGGCGCUCGGACAGCAAGCCGCUUCGAGUCCGGACUCCGUUCCUUCGCUUCUCUUGAGUAUCCUGCUUCUUCUGGGAAGCACUGGGCGGGGGAGGGAGAAGGCCGCCUGCGCGCCGGGGAAGCGAGACCUCCUUCUCUGCUCCUUGCUCGCUGCCGGUUUCUUCGAGCAUCUUGACUGGAUUCGCAAUGUCGCAACCUUGGCCAAGACGCGUUCGGAUAACCUGCAUGCAGAAGCUUGUGAAACUUCCACUGAGUUUUCGGCCUCGACUCACGCCCAGCCUUCCGUUUCUCUGUCUCCCGCCACUUGCUGCCCCCGUUCUCAAGUUUCGAAUCGCUCUGGAGAGACUCUCCUCGCUUCUCUUUCCUCGCCUUCUGCCUCUCCCUCGUCGUCGCCGGGGACGGAGAGAGGAGGGUGGGAUGACACGGUGGAAGUUGCUGCUGCUCUGAACGCGGCGCAGCACAGUCGCGUCGAGGCGCUGAUGUUCGCUGGGCCUGACGAACUGUCUGUCCACCAAAGAGAUGCGCUUCACAUCUUGCUGCGGCGGUACGCAGCCUACGGUGUUUUCCAUCGCGACGUUCUUCUCUUUCUGCAUGUCGCGAACUGGAAAGUGCAAGUUGCAGACGCGCUGAUUUUCCAACUCCUUUCUUGGAAGUCCGCUGCAUGCAUCGAUUGUUUGGAGGCCCGGCAUGUGCACAAACAACUCUCGAAAUGUUGGGGAUAUGUGUACAGCCAUGAUCGUCUCGGUCGCCCAUGUCUCGUGCUCCGCCUAGGAAAUCUUUCGCUGACUUCUUCUUCUCCUUCUUCUUCUCCGUCUGCACUUUCGUCGUCUGCUUCUCCUGCUGGUUCUUCCGGCGAGAGCGACUGGAAACUUGCCUUUGUGUUUCUCGUGGAAGAGGCGCUGAAGAGCAUGGGUCGUGACGUUGAGCAGCUGGUUGUUCUGCUGGAUGCGAGACAUGUCUCCUUCAAGAACUUCCCUGUUCCUGAAAUCCUGCAAAUGCAGGUGAUUCUGCAGGCCUUCUAUCCUGAGAGGCUCGGCAUCGUGCUGGUCGUCAACGCGAACUGGCAAGCGAAGCUUCUCUGGCUCUCCCUUCGAGCGCAACUGAGUGGCUCGACCCGGUCGAAGAUUUUCUUCCUUCCUUCAGAGCCGAAGAAGCUGCGCGAGUUUCUCCUCACUUUCUUCGAAGAAUCUCGUCUGCCCAAGUGGUGUUUGCAGUGCUUUUCAUGAAGCUCCUCCUUGACUAUUUUCCGCCUCUUUCUCUUUUCUUCUUCUCUCGUCCUCUACAUCCCGUCUAUAUCGAGCCUCGUCCGCGAGAGAUUCAACGGUCGAAUCGAGUAAUCACCGCGCGUUUUCUCUCCCUGGUUGCCUGCGUAUCUCGAGUUUACCUCUUGACAGCUGUCAGGUUUCCCUCACUUCCCUCGGCCGUUUCUUUGCAUCUGCUUCCCGCAAAAAAUUCGCAAAACUCGAAUCGAACUGAAUAUCUC